AAGGUAUUGAACUGCUUUUUCUGUUGAUUUGUUGUAAAAAGCAAUGUUUUAGUGCUUAAUUUGUAAAAUCUUAAUGUAAUUUGAUGUUUAAUAGGCUUUUCCUUAAUCCCUCCUUAUUAUCAAACAUUUUUGCUUAUCCAACGCUUUUAUUUUUCAGUGAUUGGUUUGGGGGGGAGGGGUGCCAAAAUUCUGUUCGCCUACACUUGAAAAAUACCUAGGACCAGCUCUGACACCAAUUAGACCAGGCAUUCCUGAAAUAAUUUAGAUUAUAAAUGAUCUCCCAAAACAAUGUGGCAAAUUGCAUUACAUUUGAUAAAGCAGAAUGCUUUCACAGAUUUGUUUUGGCUUUUAGUUGAAAGCAAAAGGUAAGACAGAGAUGCGAGUCAGUUUCUUUUGUGUUUUCAGGGUUAAGCUUUGCUGCAGCUGAAUUUACAAGGAUUAAGUAUGUCGCUGACCUGGCUGGUAGCAAAUUAGAGACAGAGCAGUGGAAAAUCAUGCAGGGAAAGGGAGGAUACAAACAAGCUGGAGGGUGGGAAAGAGAGAAAAGGCUAUGUGUGGGAACAGGCAGUGUCUACUGUGCACAGCCUACACGAUGAACAGAGUGGGUUGGAGAGCUGGAAACAAAAAUUGCUGGUGAUAAUUUCCAAGGGUUAAGCUCCACUGCCAGGACUUUGUUGUUUCUUCUCAGGCCGCAGGGGACAGAAGGUGGGAGGGGAGAGGGAGAGAAGUGCCAGGCACACAAGUGGAGGAUUUUCUCCUUGUCUGGAAUGUAUGAGCUGAGCAAGGGAUUUUUGUGUACACCCGGCUGUGUGCGAGCCUCAGCUGCAGCUGUCACCUCUGGGCCAGCCGGACGGGGCGAUGGCUUCGACAGAGCGGCUGCCUGGGGCCUCCCAGCACCACGAGUUCUGCCGCCCCACCUUGUACCUGCUGAGGAAGAUGCGCUCGGAUGCCAGUCUCCUCCUUGAGUCUUAUGCUGAGAAGCAGGGACUGGACACUAACUUCAGCCUUGACUUAAUUGACGGUGUACCUGUAGCUGAGACAGAGUGUUGGGCUGAGAUUUCAGAUGCUGAGAGGCUGCAAGAUAAUCUGAAAGCCUAUUGGGCAUUUGAGAUUUUGCUAGAGGAAAUCCUGGAAGAGCAGAGAUCCAAUCUGACACCUGCUGAUGUUGCUUUCCAUGAAUCUAUCAAGUCGGUCAUGCUACAAGUCACUGCAUUGGCUUACCAAUUGGAGGAACUCAUGGUCAUCUUGAAUCACAAUGUGCCAGCUAGAGAAUAUGAAGACAGAAGGAGCCCUGGUGAAAAUGGAUCAUUUGAGAAGAAAAUCAGAGGCCUGAAGGUGCUGCAGCAACUUGCUCAGUGGACUGUUAGGUCUAUCAAGGACCUCCACCAAGUCUCCAAGUCUCUUCAGCCAGGCACUGUCCUGUGUGCUGCUUCAUGCACGGCUCAAGCCCAAGAAAAAUGAGGCUGCUCUUCUCUGUGGGAUGCUUACAGACCAAAUUCUUCAUCCACAACAACUAUGGUCUAUUCAACUGAAACAAUGUGAUCAUAGCAAGUCCUCUAAGAGGUGGAGUGAGUAGUGCUUUUCCAGUGUUAGCAUUAUUUUCUUUUAAAUAAUAUUUAAAUUGAAGCUGUUUGACAAUACUGUAUCAUCUUGGACACAUUUGCAGAAUCAUGUUUGCUUGAAUGUAAAUUCUGCCACCACCUGAUUCACCCAGUAAGGCUGCAACAACCACAUGUGGUUGUUAUUCAUUCACAUUUUCCCACAAAGAAUCGGUCACAUUACAACAGUGGUUCUCAACCUGUGGGUCCCCAGGUGUUUUGUCCUACAACUCCCAGAAAUCCCAGCCAGUUUACCAGCUUGUUAGGAUUUCUGGGAGUUGAAGGACAAAAAAAUCUGGGAACUCACAGGUUGAUGAGAACCAUUACAUUGCAACCUUAUGACAGCUCUGUCUGAAUUUCAGCCACAAGUGGUUGGAAGGCAUGUUUAAUAAACAACCAAUUUCAGCCUGACCUUCUUUUCUCUAAACAUCCUUCUUGCUGAACCAUAAUGGAUUGUUUGAAAUUUCAUCAACAUAUCAUGUUAAGUUUUAGUAUUGCACACUGUUGGUGGGAGAAAGGUGAAAUGAAUUCGCUUAUUAAUUGCCCAUUUGAGAUGUUUCCAUAAACCUGCAAGGGCCAAAAAGUGAGUAAAGCAGGAGUGGGACUUCUGACUUCAUUCAGAUAUUGUUGUAUUGCAACUCCCAACAAUUCUUACAAAUGCCUGCUGGCUAGGCUUAUGGGACUUGCCAUUCAGCAAACUGUGGAGGGUAUAUCAUUCCCGUUAGUUGAAGUAAAGGGUGGUGGUGAGACCAGUGUUUCAUUCCCAUGGAUGUGUAUUCCCCUUUGGAUCGCUGCACUCUUCAGUAGUCUGAAUUAGACUCAGUUGUAUACGAUAGCACCUAGAUUUCUGCUCGAAUGUUAAAAUUCAGCACUUGUCAGAGACAUUCCAGAAUAAAUCUCAUGGCUUUCUUUUUGGUAAAGUGUCAAGUUGGUUUGGAGGUUUGGUGGAGUUCCACCACAUGGAGUAAAUAAUGAUAAUAUCAUGGUGUCCAAGAAAUGGAAAGAAUUUGGCCUUUCAUUUCCUCAAUUUUACCACUGCUGGUUUCAAGUUACUUCAAUCUACAUUCCAGGAAUGCUUAGUUCUGAAGCUGAACUUGAUGACAGGGUAAGCAACCCUGCAGGCUUAAAGGUGCACCAGGGGGAGGAGUGGAAGUCCAUCUAUGCUCAGAGUUCAUGCUGGCAAGAAUGUAGAAGAGGGCCUUGUCGGUGGCUGCUGCCAACUUGUGUAAUUCACAUCCAUUGGAGACUGGUUUGGCCCCCUCUCUGCUCUCCUUCCACCAGCAAGUGAAAACCUUUUAUUUAAACAGUUCAAGUCAUCUUUUUAAGGGAAGGUGCUUCUGCCUCCCCUGUUUCCUGUUACACUUUUAAAGCUGCUUUAACUGUUUGAUUUUAACCUGAUAACUUAUUUCUUUUUAUUCAUUCUUCUUCAAUGUAUUCACUGAGUGGUUUCAAUCUGUAUUUUGUUUUAAUUCAUGUUGUAAACUGUUUUACAACAUGAAUGAAUAAAUGGGGAAAAAAACAUGUACAGUAGAGUCUCACUUAUCCAAGCUAAACGGGCCGGCAGAAGCUUGGAUAAGUGAAUGUCUUGGAUAGUAAGGAGGGAUAAGGAAAAGCCUAUUAAACAUCAAAUUAGGUUACGAUUUUACAAAUUAAGCACCAAAACAUCAUGUUAUACAACAAAUUUGACUGAAAAAGUAGUUCAAUAUGCAGUAAUGCUAUGUAGUAAUUACUGUAUUUACGAAUUUAGCACCGAAAUAUUAUUGACUACAAAAACAAUUACUACUAAAAGGCAGACUGCGUUGGAUAAUACGGAACGUUGGAUAAGUGAAUGUUGGAUAAGUGAGACUCUACUGUAUUGCUAAAUAUCCACAGUUGCCCUUGUUUGUUCCCAUUAGAUUACAGUAGAGUCUCAUUUAUCCAAGCUAAACGGGCCAGCAGAAGCUUGGAUAAGCGAAUAUCUUGGAUAAUAAGGAGGGAUUAAGGAAAAGUCUAUUAAACAUCAAAUUAGGUUAUGAUUUUACAAAUUAAGCACCAAAACAUCAUGUUAUACAACAAAUUUGACAGAAAAAGUAGUUCAAUACGCAGUAAUGUUAUGCUGUAAUAGCUAUAUUUACGAAUUUAGCACCAAACUAUCACGAUAUAUUGAAAACAUUGACUACAAAAAUGGCUUGGAUAAUCCAGAGGCUUGGAUAAGUGAGACUCUACUGUAUUGCUAAAUAUCCACAGUCAUACCCUCAGUCGCCCUUGUUUGUUCCCAUUAGAUUAUAUCAUUCUUUGUAAAAUAAUCUUUGCAGUGUUUAUAACAAGAAAAGGCAACUUCUGGGCAUUGGUACAGGAUAGUACAGACAUGGGCAAACUUUUUUGCAUCGGAGCCGCAUUGUGAGCCUGUCUGGGAGGACCAAGCCAGGAGGGAUAGGGGCCAGGUACACACUGGUUGGGGAGCUGGCCCCCUAUUUGUCAAGGGAUGACCUAGAUACAGUGAUCCAGGCCACGGUCAUCUCAAGACUGGACUACUGUAACGCCCUCUACAUUGGCCUUCCUUUGUCGGUGAUCUGGAAGCUCAAGUUGGUACAAAAUGCAGCUGCUUGACUUCUUGCGGGAGCCCCGAUGAGAUGUCAUAUAACACCAAUCUUACUACAGCUGCACUGGUUACCAAUUGAGCACUGGAUCACUUUCUGAGUGAUGGUGCUUACCUUUAAUGCCUUACAUGGUCAAAGGGCCAAUGUACCUGAGGGACCGCCUCACCCCCUACCAACCCCAGAGAUCCCUUUCUGAGGACCAAGAUCUAUUGGAAGUUCCCAGUUUUAAGGGCCGGGAAAGGACAGGGCCAGGAGCAGACAGGGAAGGGCCCAGGUCAUCCUCGGGUUGUCCUCUCAGCAUAAGGACGGGGCUGUUCAUCCCAUCCUUAUGCUGGGAGGAAGGUUGGACAUGCGGUGACUGCCCCAAUUCUCCUUCCCAUCCUCCUUCCCUGAUCCUUGGACUGUCCUCUUGGCAUUAUGCUGGGAGGAGGGCGAGACAGGCAGUGGCUGAGUCUGCUCCAGGGGAAUCUCACCCACCAAGUGCCUUCCUCGAAUCAUCCUCUCAGCAUAAGGAUGGGGUCACUCACACCAUCCUUAUGCUGGGAGGAUGAGAUACGCAGAGGCUGAGAGCACCCCAGGAGCUCUCAGCUGCUACAUGCCUUCCUCCCCCAUAUUUUUGGCAUAAGGAUGCGGCAGGCCAUCUUUGUGCCAAGAGGACAGGGAAAAUGAGGAGGGCCUGAGAUAAACGCCCAGGGCGCUUCAUCCGGUCUCUAGGCCUUAGUUUGCCCAUGCCUGGGAUAGUGGGAGUUUUAGUCUGACACCAGUGAAGAGCCAAUUGUUCCUCCUCUUCCUUACAUCUAAUGCAGGCAUGGGCAAACUUGGGCCCUGCAGGUAUUUUGGACUUCAACACCCACCUCAGGCUCUUUCCUUUCCCCGCUCAGCCACUUAAGCUUAAGCACUGAGGGGGGAAAGGAAAGGGCCUCAGGCUGUUAGGAAUGGUGGGUGUUGAAGUCCAAAACUCCUCCAGGGCCCAAGUUUGCCCAUGCCUGGUCUAAUACAUGUCUUGAGCUACUUGGAUCAGAAGCUAGGAAGUGACGGGCAUCGCGUAAUGUAGCUAUCUGUUACCCAUUUUUGUAAAAACGAGGAUAAAAUAAAAUAGAGUAACAUUUCAAAAGAAACACGCUAAAUAGGGAUGUUACUUUACUAGUUGAAAUAGUGAUGUUUUCUAAUUACUUUUGAAGUUGCGUUUAAAAUAGCAUUUUAAACAUCAGGAAAUGUUCAACAGGAUUUUUUCAAGCUGCAUGCCAUUCUCUGAUCAAUUUUGUUUUUUUAAAAAAGUCAUGAAAGGUACCAUAGCAUAGAAUAAUAAGCAAGACAAAAUGGAAAAUGCUACAGAUUAUUCCAAGCAGUGUAACAAGUAAUUGCAACAAAUUACUUUUCAAAUGCCACAGUGAGAUAAAAAGAAUAAACUACUUUGAACAAGCAGUCAUGUUUCAAAGUCUGGAAGGAUUUGUAGGCUUGAAAGCCUCUGUAGCUGCUUUGUUGUCAUGUUCCAAGGGGCAAAACAUUAUUUCAUAAAUGUAUUUUUAUUUUUGAUGGAAGAGGAUCUAUUAAUUUUCAGUAAGUCCUGCACUUGCUGAAAAAGAAAUUCAACUUAAAAUUAUGCGAAAUGUGAAAACUGUGUGGAAAAGAAGAUUAAUAAAAUUCUUUGGAGUCUGACUUGCCAGACUUAGUUGCAUUACAAGCAAAGUAGUAGGUUUUUUUUUUUUUUUGCUCUUCCUCCUCUUCCAGUCCCGACUCCUCCGGCUCGUUAUUUUAAAGCCACAAUCCUAACUAGUCUAGGGAAAUUAUAAUAUAAUUAUAAUACUAAAAGUUUUUUUUAAACUUCUGAGUAACUUUGCAUAGGCUUACUGCAUGACAAUGAUUAACUCAAAAUACACUGCAAUCCUGCACACGAUUAGGUAAAGGUUUUCCCCUGACAUUGUCUAGUUGUGUCCAACUCUGGGGGUUGGUGCUCAUCUUCAUUUCUGAACUGAAGAGCUGGCGUUGUCUGUAGACACCUCCAAGGUCAUGUGGUUGGCAUGACUGCAUGGAGCGCCGUUACCUUCUCGCCAGAGCGAUACUUAUUGAUCUACUCACAUUUGCAUGAUUUUGAACUGCUAAGUUGACAGAAGCUGGGGCUAACGGUGGGAGCUCACUCCGCUCCCCGGAUUCGAACCUGCAACCUUUUGGUCAGCAAGUUUAGCAGUUCAGUGGUUUAAGCCCCUGUGCCACCUAGGAAUAAAUCUCAUACAACUCAAUAGGAAUGUUUCCUAGGCAAACAUGGAUACGGUUGUGGAGUCACUUAAACGAACUGCUGUCUAUAUAAUAAAAAGUGCUUCUCUGAGACGGGAGCACAUUUCAAUCCAAAAUGUCAAUGUUAGGUUAUAUCAAGACUGCUAGUUAAACUAAAUUAGAAAGGAAAGAGGGAUUGUUGUUCAUAAAAUCUGCACUGGUUCUUGUUUUAGGACCACUUUGCAUGAAUAAAUUAAUCCACAGAAUCGCCCCUCGGAGUUUGAGUGCAGCAACUGGGAAUCAAAAAUCAACUGGGAUUUUUGGAAUGCUUAUAUGCCAUUCUCUUGAAGCCGGGAGAACAAAACAAAACUUUGUAGUCCCCGGUCUAAAUGAGUCAGAGCCUGUGGCAUUUUAGUUGUUAGGGACAGUUUUUGAUGGAUGACUUUGGCAAAUAGAGCAGAACAAAGGCAACACUCAGAGCAGUUUCAGAUGGAACUUAUGCUAUGGCACUGUCUCCUUCCCAGAAUUUUCAAGGGCUUCUUCGGAUAGCACUAUACUCCACUCAUUGUCUGCUCUUAUUUUUCUCAACUGUUUCUGCAGUCUUUUUUCUGUACUGUUCCAUUAUUUGGGCAUAAGAUUUUUCAGCACACCUUUCUCUCUAACUGGAUGGAUGUUUAUGUUUGUGGAGAUGGAUUUGGGUAUGUAGUACAAUAAUGGUUCUCACCCUGUGAGUCCCCAGAUGUUUUGGCCUUCAUCUCCCAGAAAUCCUAACAGAUGGUAAACUGGCUGGGAUUUCUGGGAGUUGUAGGCCAAAACACCUGGGGACUCACAGGUUGAGAACCACUGUAGGACCCUAUACUAAAAUAGCCAAUAUGUUUUGCUCUCAGGUUAAAUACAAAUAUUUUUUAAGCAUGUACGUUGUUUUACCAGCCAGAAAUAAAAAAUAAUUCAAAUCCUGUUCAACUGAUAAGUUAUUUUGAAUUGGGAGUAUUCUUGGUAGUAGAAAGUGAGAGACAGACAGGGAAACUGGUGAUAGAAAGAGAGAGGGAGGGAGGGGAAAAACCAACAGAAAAGGUAUACGAGAAGGGACUAUGAGGAAGGCUGCGACAAUGAGAAUUUUAAUUGAACUCAUUGGGCUGAAUCUCAGCUUUGCCCUUAGUCUAGGCUUGUUGACUAAGUUCAAACACAUUGAUUUCAAUAUAUUUAUUGUAAGAAAUAUCAUGAUGUCCGCAUCUGGAUCUGCCAUAGUGGGGCUUGCUUCUGAAUAAAAUAUUUGGCCAAAAAUAUAAUUGCUAGUCCUAACAACAGUAGACUUCUGGUUUGAAAAAACAGGGGAAAGGUUCACUUCAGAUAUGCCCAUCUGCCAACCAGUGAAUUUAAAUCCAUUGGCUGGUGAUUUCCUGCUUCUUCCUGAAACCCAUGCAAUUUGUAUGGACCUUUGGGAAGAAGACAAUUUCCCACUAUAAGAAUGUUCCACAAUGUCUCGAAGCUACAAAUUCACCACAUAAUAAGUUCCUUUGCUUGUCUCCAAUAGUUGUUUCAUCUGGAGGAAAGAUCAGAAGAUAUAUUUUCCCAUUUCCCCUGAAGUACAGAGGGCUAUCAUCAAUGUAGCAUUAGGUGGAGGGGGUGAAUAUACGAGAGUUGAAUAAAAAGUAAUGCCUCCACCUUUGGUUUGGAUGGGAGUAUUUUAAUAAAUCAAAUGCAGAAAUAAUCCUUAGAAUGUGCUCUUUAAAUACCACUAUUCACUUUUCCACAUAAUCACCAAACAAUUGGAUACAUUUCUGCCAACGAUGAACAAGUUUUCUGAACCCGAAACGGAAGAAGUCGACACUCUGUUUCCACAACCAGCGUCUCACAGUACCCAUCGUGCAUAGAUCUUCCGAUAGCCAAGCAAAGCAAUAAUGUGUCCCACACGUUCUUGUGAAAUGCCGAUUAUGCUUGAAAUAUCUCUCUGAGUGAUACGACGAUCGUCCUGAAUCAAUCUGUCAACCUUUUGCUUGUGAAACUCGGUGGUUGCUGUCACAGGACGUCCAAUUCUUUGUUUGUCACACUAGUCAGAUGUUCCCACCUCAACAUCUUUAAACUUACUCGCCCAACAACGCACAGUACUCACAUUAACACAAUCACCAUAAACAGCUUGCAUUCUCUGAUGAAUCUCCUUUGGGGUGACACCUUCUGCUGUCAAGAAUUCUGUGACUGCACGUUGCUUAAGUCGCAUUGACCGACCGUCUGUGCAGGGUUCCAUACUUCACAUUUUAACAACACAACCAUUCAAUGCUAAGGCUUCCCACCAAAUGGAACUGUAGAGGGGAGUCUACUGAACAAGCCAGUACCUGCCGCAUACCAGGACUGCCAUCUGUUGAGGAGUUACGAAGGUGGAGGCAUUACUUUUCAUUCAACCCUCGUAGAAGAGGUUUUGCAGAGGGAAUAAGGCACUGCCUUGCUACUUCUUGCCAUUCCCCCAAGGGAUAUCCUAGUGAGCAGAAUUCUGCAUUGUGUAACUCUGGAUCUAAGCUGUUAAAAACAACAAUAAAAGGUAGCAAGAAAUAUUUUUCUUUCUUUUUCAAGGGCCACUAUCUCUUCCAAAAUGUUUAAAACUUGAAACUUAUUUAUCCUAAUUUUUAAUGUGAAUUAUUUCCUCUAGCAUAUUGUGUUACCUUCAGAAGUAUCUCAAAUCUAACAAUGAUGAGUGUUUUCUUAUUUUUCUAUAUUAUUGGAAGGGCACAGCUACUAAACCUUCAUUUGUCUAGGCAGAUGUUGUGUCUCUCACCACAGGAAGGCUUAUUGCCGUGGGCAGAAUGUUCCAACAUGUGAUGAGUAAUUGAUUGAAACAUGCUUUGACUGAUUUUAAAUAAAGGAUCCCAUGAGUCAAUAGGAAGCAUAAAACAGGACUGGUAACUUCAAGGAGCCCCAAAUACUUCCAUUUUCUUUUACAAUCUUCUUUUUUAAGCCAAGGGUCUGAUGUUUGUAGAUUUGAUUAUUCAUGGAUUUCAUUAAAAUGUUCUCUCUAGGAUCCUCUGGAUCCUAUGGUGCAAUUCUAUUUGAGGACCUAGAAAUUUCCAGAAAGGUGUUAUGUCAAAGAAAGAAAAAUAGCAAUUAAAUUAUAUUUAUUGAGAUUUAUGUAAUCCCAAUAGACAAGAAAUUAUCUCUUUCACUCUUUCUCUCUCUAUAUAUAUAUUGUGAUUUUUCACUUUUGCUCCUAACCACAUCUGAAUGUAUUUGGGCAUAGUAUGGUGUUCUUUGCUGUGUGUGAGGAGGGGAGAGCUGCAGAAGCAUCUUUACAUGUUUUCAUGUGUUUGGGAUACAUUGAGGGUGACAACAGGGCUGGAGGUGGAAGAAGAGGUCCACUUGCACAAUGUUGGAAGCGGCCCACUUUCUAACCUUUAACACAAGUCAUUAUGGAAACUGGGGACAGUGAGUGCUGUAUUAAAAAUACAGUCUCCUUUCUAACAUGCACUAGAGCAGAGCUUUCUAAAUAUUUCAUGUUGGUGACACAUGUUUUAGACAUGCAUAAUUUUGCAACACGGUAAUUCGGUUUUGUUAGUGAACCGGAAUUUAAACCAAAGAAACGGACACAUACAUAAAUUGUAAUAAGAAAUGUUUGGGGACCCAACAUAUCUCAUGAAAAAAACUUACAUUUGAAUUUUAAAAAUAUAUGCUUUAUUACUUAUUUGACAUAGAUUCAGAAACUCCUCAUUAGAUUUGCAUAACACAUCUACACGAUGCAACUGACAUGCUAAUGUGUCACAACACAUAGUUUGGAAAGCUCUGCACUGGAGAGAAUGCUUUUCUACAAUUAUUCCAGCUAUUGCAGUAUACACAUUCAACAUGAAUGAAGUGUGGUGUGUUGGUAACUCACAUGCAGAUUUACUCUGCAAACUCAACAAAGCUUUCAUUAAUUUAUUGACCAGAUUUGCACAUGUGUAUUCAGAAUGAUGUUAUUAAAUAAAAUGUCUUUUAUUUUUAACAGA